AGUUUGGUCCGCGGUUUGGUCCGGAGUUUCCACCUGCAGGCUGUGUUGAGUCUCCACCGUCUGCUCAGCCAUGCAGCUCUUCAGCUUCUGGGUCCUAACAGUCCUGACUGCAGUCCUAUCAGCAGGUCAGCAGACACUGGCUUACUCUGUCAAAACCACAUGGAGGGAUCUGAAUGACCCGGCCACUCUGUUCUGUCCAGAGCCCUGUUCAGGGGUGGAAACCUGGGAGAGGAGGGGACUGAAAGUGGCUGAAUGUGGAGUUAAAGAAGAGUCGGAGUUCAGCUGUGAGAGACGCCUCGACAAUAGUAGCCUCACCGUUCCUCAGGUUAAUUACACCACCAGAGGAUUUUAUCUCACCAAAUGUAGCGGAAAAGUGAUCUGCUUCCAGAACCUCCAGCCCAAGCCUCACAACUCUUCUGUUAAAGUAACAGCUGGAGAUCCCCUCAUCUUGGAUCUGUUCACGUUCCAUCCAGUGACUCUAACGUUCUCCCGGACUGAUGGAGGAUCUGUAACCCCUGUCCAGAUGUGCACUGUGGAUGGACGCUCCGUGCGCUGUAACGCGGGGUAUAGAGACAGAGUGUCAGUGUGUGGUAACUCCAUUUUGCUGAGAGACGUGGUGUCUGCUGACUCUGGAGUCUACACAGUGCGAGAGGUCAAGGAUGGAGCGGCUCUCAUACGGACAGUGUGGGUCACUGUUAAACAUGCUCAGCAGAGCUGGACAUGGAAGGAUGAAUAUCAGCAGGGACUGAAAAUAGGAGCGCUUGGAUUUGGGAUUGGAGCGCUGGUUCUUGGUGUGAUUCUGGGGUUCUAUGCUGUGCCGAGGGGGCUUUAUCUGAUGGACAGAUGUGUCCAGAGGCUCAGAAGACGAGACUCCUCACACGUGACUCAAACUGAGGAUGUGGAAAAGAGUGUUCCCCUGACAUGAGGGAAUACCAGCCAGCGGAAUGACCCUCAUCAUAGGGAAUGACUUUAAAUCAAUAAAAAUGACACUGAAAUUCACUUGUUUACUUAUUUUUAUGUACCAUAAUAGACAUGUAAUAGACAUAUAUAAUAGACAUAUGUUUGAGAUUUUGGAGUUAUAAAUAGUGAAUAUAUGAUGUUGCAGGUUGUGAAAGUGGUCACCCAGGAGACGAGCUGAAUUCUAAAUAUAAAUAAGAUAAUAAAAUUGUGAGCAUUUAUAAGAUAAAUCAUUAUAAAUGAUGACCAUUCAUAAGAUAAAUGGUCAUCAUUUCUUUCUGUCCGUGGUGAUGACUGUGUUGGGAAGCUGGUUGAGAAACUGGUUCUUACUGUGAGUUGUGGGUUUCAGUAAUAAUAUAAUAAUAAUAUGAGAGGCCCAAUAAAUACUAUAUUUCAGUAUAAACUCCACUAUCAGGUGGAGCCACUCCUCUCAGCUCAAGAACAGCCGAUACUCUCUGUGUGUAUUCAGGUUUACACUGUAGUGAUCGUCCAUCCACUGUACAGACCUGACCACUGGAUGGUCUAGCUGCACCUGUGCUGUUAUAAAUCACCUCCACUUCUUCUGGUAUCUCCAAAUGCAUGAUCAUCAAUUGAAGAGGAACCCAGAGCUUCUUGCCAGGUUGUAGAUGAUCCCUGGUGGCAGCUCUGGAACAUUUUAAGUCAACUGAGACUUUU